AUGACGAAGGACGUGGUGAUCGAGCACGGCGAGAGCUCCAAGGCGCCCCUGGUGCCCGCGCCGGUGGCGGCGGGCGUCAGCCGCGCCGUGUCCAUCGCCGACGUCUUCCUCAGGUUCCUUGCCAUCGUCGCCACCAUCGCCAGCGCCAUCUCCAUGGGCACCACCAACGAGACGCUCCCCUUCUUCACGCAGUUCAUCCAGUUCGAGGCCAAGUACAGCGAUCUCCCGUCCUUCACGUUCUUCGUGGCGGCGAACGCGGUGGUGUGCACGUACCUCGUGCUGUCCAUCCCUCUCUCCAUCGUGCACAUCAUCAGGCCCAGGGCGCGCUACAGCCGUCUGAUCCUCGUCUUCUUGGACGCGGCGAUGCUGGCCCUGCUGACGGCCGGCGCGUCGGCGGCGGCGGCGAUCGUGUACCUGGCGCACAAGGGCAACGUGCGCGCCAACUGGUUCGCCAUCUGCCAGCAGUUCGACUCCUUCUGCGAACGCAUCUCGGGCUCCCUCAUCGGCUCCUUCGCCGCCAUGGUCCUGCUCAUAGUCCUCAUCUUCCUAUCUGCCUUCGCGCUCGCCAGGCGCCACUGA